AAAGUUGGUGGGCUAAGAGGGAAAGAUGGCUGUAAUUACACAAACGUUCCUGUAGAUGGCACCAACGCGUUCUGUGUAAAAUGCAGCAUCAGAGGAAGAAACUGUUGCGACUCUUUGUGUUCUGGUUUUAAGCAGUGUUCUAUAAAAACAACUUAAUGCGCCAUUUUAGCUGGACAAUCAGCGACUUAUUUAAACAUGUUGGACGGCAGCACGUCCGGGAAUGAACCGGGGCUCUCAGCUUUACAGAACCGGGUCUCUGAGCCCGCAGAUGGGACCCCAUCCUCCAGGUUCCUGCAGGCUGAGCAGGAGCUGAACGUCCUCGUCCGGGAGCUCACCUUCGGAGAGCCCGUCCGCUACAUCUACAACCCGCUCGAGUACGCCUGGGACACCCACCGCUGCUACGUGGAGAAGUACUGCCAGCCCGGGAAGAAGGUCCUGUUCCUGGGGAUGAAUCCUGGACCCUUCGGCAUGGCGCAGACCGGGGUCCCGUUCGGUGAGGUGAAGUCAGUCGUUGAUUGGCUGAAGAUCUCAGGUGAGGUCGGUCGCCCUGCCGAGGAGCAUCCAAAGAGGCGGAUCCUGGGCCUCGGCUGCACUCAAAGCGAAGUGAGUGGCGCUCGCUUUUGGGGUUUCUUCAGAAAGCUGUGCGGCGAGCCCGAGCAGUUCUUCCGCCACUGCUUCGUUCACAACCUGUGCCCGCUGAUCUUCAUGAGCGCCAGCGGGAAGAACUUGACUCCGCCAGAGCUGCCUGCGGCGGAGCGAGAGAAGCUGCUGUCCCUGUGUGAUGCGGCGCUCUGCAAAGUGGUGGAGGCGCUGGACGUCUCCAUGGUGAUCGGCGUGGGGAAGGUCGCGGAGCAACGGGCGCGGCGGGCGCUGUCCGGCGCGGGCGUCGUUAAUGUGCGAGUCGAGGGCGUCAUGCACCCGUCGCCCAGGAACCCGCUGGCCAAUAAGGGCUGGGAGGAGGUGGCUAAAGCCAAGCUGGCGGACCUGGGUGUCCUCCAUCUGCUGAGUAGCAGCUAACGAGCUGCAGACCCAAACUUACCAUUCAUCAGGAGGUGCUGAAAAAUGCUGCCGCUAAUGCCUUCCGACCACAUGCUGCUCCAUAUUCAGCUUGUUAUCACAAGCACCGCCUCUGACCUUCCUCUUUGACGUGGAGAAAUCUUUACACAAGUCUGCAGAGUUAGCAUGUCACCCCUUCAGCAAUGACAGCAUGAAGUGCAUUAAAUAUUCAUCCUCUGAACUACAAAACAUCACUGUUUCUGUUGUAGAAACGAUUUGUACAUUUUGGGUUUCUUCUUGCUGGUACACUGCUCACAUCUGAGAAGGGAGUUUGGUCCAUCGUUAUGCUGAGCUUUAUGCCGGACUCAUGCAGCCUGGAAAGAUAUGGUAUUUUAUUUCUGAAUGUAUUUUGGGCUAAAUCGGCAUGAAAAUGAGAGUAAACAAAAGUAUGCCUUUCCGGACUUGGUUUAUAACCCCGGGGUCUUAAGUGUGCCAGCCUGCCUUCCUUCCUUGUCUUGCUACCUUUCUGUUGCAGUUACUUCUUCCCCUUUUUGUCUCUUUCCUAUCUUCCUUCCGUCUUUCUACCUUUGUCUCCUACUUCGGUUUCUUUGAUUGCGUCUUUCAUUUGUUCCUACCUUCUUUCGGUUCUUUCGUUCCCCCUUCUGUCCUCAUUUUCUUUCAUUUCAUUCUGUUAUUCUUUCUUCCAUUAUUUCCUUUCUUCCCCUUGCAUCCUUCCUUCCUUUCCUUUGCUCUUUGUGUCCCUCCUUACUUCCUUCCUGCCAUGUUUAUGACUUUGCUGCUUUAUGUUUUGCAGAAAUUUGAGCGGCUCCAUUAUGUAUGGGGACAUAAGCUCCCCAUCUUAAGUUUGCCAGUGAACAUCUGAAUGAUUGAGAGUGCAUUAAAUAUUAAUCCUCAAAACAGAACCUGUUGCAGUCAGAUGAGACCAAAAUCCAGUUCUCUGUGACGGAGCCAAAACAUUCUGCCGGGGCACAAUUCAGCGGGGUAUCAAACAUUUAUGUCUUCCAUAUAUCUGAAGCUCAGGACACUCUGUUCCGCUUUUAUGUUGUAAUGAAAAGGACAACAAAUACGUAGAAAUAAAUCAUCAGUUAGACUUUACUUCCUACCAGGUGGUUUAUCAGCAGUUAUCCACGAUGGGCCCAAAAACACAGACUCAGUUAGCACUCCUGACAUAAACUACUAAAAUGGCACCUAAAUGUAACCAUGGCUACAUUACAUUUAAUAUAUACUUAUGCUGCAUUACAUCCUGUUGAAAGAAAUGUUUCACAUGUGAGACACUAUUUUUUUGUACUGCUGUUUAUCUCUUUUGUUAUAUUUGUUUGGUUUCCAUAACGUAUUGGUUGUUUUCCUCAGGUCUGUUUUAGGGUUCUGUGUCUUUCAGGGUUUUUGCUACUGUUACACGUCUCAGCAUAUGAUGGACAGUUGUAACAAAUGAUGUUUUAUUUAUUUAUUUUUUUGUUUUGUUUUUUUGGGUUUUUUUCUUGUGGUUAAUUACUGCUUCCCCUUUGAUCUUGAAGGAGAGCCUGUAAAGACGAACAGCGUCAGAGAUAGAAA